UCACUAUUGGUGCGACCUGAAAUGACGACUUACGAUUUUCAUUUUGCUUACAUGCUGCUGUUGACACCGGGCGAUGGCGGCCGCAGGCGCAUACCAGUUUACCAACACUAACAUAAAAGAGGAUAGCGACCGGCCCCCAUUCAGUCUGCCUCAGAGUCUCAGCGCUACCUUACGUGCCGCACUCAACUCUACAACACCGCUUAAUCAUUUUAAAACGCAGCUAAACCUAAGUUUGUGAAGCAUUCGUAUUUUAAAAUAAAUGAAAAAGUCUUCAGUCUUCUAACAUCGUAAGAAGAAUUUUUCAGGAGAAAUUGCGUGUGAAAGGAUAACUAGAGAUUCAUCAUGUUAAAAUUUGCGGCAGCUGUUUUUUUGCUAAUAUCGACUGUAAACAGUCAGUGUUUUUACAAAGAUGAUUCUUCAAAGAAAUUGGACCCUGAAGCACGCACGACUCUGUACAAGGGCCAGUUGGAGUUUACUCUGAAUCUGUUCAACGCUAUCAACAAGGCGGUUCCCGAUGAUAACAUAUUCUUCUCUCCGUUCUCCGUGUACCAGUCGCUGCUGCUCGCAUAUUUCUCCACCGCCGGACAAACCGAGCAGGACCUUAAGAAGUCUCUGCAAAUUGCUGAUAGCUUGGACAAGAUCAACUUAAUGACUGCAUACAAGGUGGACAAGCGUUCAAGACAAACAAACAAUAACAGUGACAGCUAUGAGUUCACCAGCGCUAACAAGAUGUACGUGGACAAGAACCUCGCUGUGAGGCAGUGCGUGCUCGACUUCUUUGGAGAAGAACUGGAGGCUCUGAACUUCAGGGACGGCCCGGAUUACGCUCGCGAGCACAUCAACAAGUGGGUAUCCCGCAUUACUAAGAACAACAUCAACGAUCUGCUGCCUCCCGAUGCCGUAUCCACUUCUACGAAGUUGGUCCUCGCAAACGCCGCUUACUUUAAGGGCGUCUGGGCUUCCAAGUUCCCCGCGGAGAAUACCAAGAAGCAAGCUUUCUUCGUUUCCGAGACGCGUCAGACCAUCGUGCCUUUCAUGAAGCAGAAAGGAACCUUCCAUUACAUGGUGAGUGACGAGCUUGGUGCCCAAAUCUUGGAGCUGCCUUACAAGGGACAAGACAUCAGCAUGUACAUCCUUCUUCCACCGUACUCCAUGAAGGAAGGUGUGUCCAACAUCAUAGCCAAACUGACACCGGAGCGGUUGGCCGCUGUGGUCGAAGAGAGCUACAUGGGUCGCGAAGUCAUCGUUGAGAUACCUAAGUUCACCAUGGAGAGGACUCUGCCUCUUAGAGAUGUGUUGGAGACGAUGGGCGUGGGCGACCUGUUCAGCUCGUCAGCGAAUUUUAGCACGCUUGCCGAGCCGUCUGGCGUGCAGUUUGAUGACGCCAUACACAAGGCCAAGAUCCAAGUCGAUGAGGAGGGUACUACCGCAGCAGCAGCGUCUGUGAUCUUUGGGUUCCGAUCGUCGCGGCCCGCGGACCCCACCCUGUUCAAGGCCAACUUUCCCUUCGUGUACAUCCUGUAUGAACGACCAACUAACUCCGUUCUCUUCAUGGGCGUCUACAGAGAUCCCAAAAAGUAAAUGUCUUAUAAAUUAUGUUUAAGUAAAUAUAUGCCAGUGACGUUAUGUGUCACACUCUAAUAAACAAUACAAAUUCUCCAAAAUCAACUCUACGUACGACGCUGCUCCAAUACCGCUCCCACCCAACACCGGGCGUAAACUGAAACGACUGCUGGCGGUCAACUAUCGAGCAGUCUGAUGGUGGAAAGCUUGCUGCCAUCGAGCUAUUUACUAAUUUAUACAUACAUACAUAAAUAAACAACCUAUAUACGUCCCACUGCUUGGCACAGGCCUCCCCUCAAUCAACCGGAGGGGGUAUAGAGCAUACUCCACCACGCUGCUCCACUGCAGGUUGGUAGAGGUGUUUUUACGGCCAAUAGCCGGGACCAACAGCUAAUUUAUAUUGUCAAUAUAAACUAUAUUGCAAGACCACGACUGAAAGCCCGUAUUUGAAUGUCAUUUUAUUAGCCGUGUUGUAGCAGAGUCAUGUAAGUAGGCCUUAAAGCAGCGCAUAUUUUAUAAAAAUAUAGGUGUCAUUAAAUUUAUUGGGAUGUGGAAUCUAUCCUGUGGUACGAAAGCGUUUAGGAGCAGCGUGUGGUCUCCAUUUAUGUGCAUGGGACUCUAGUAAACCUACCAUGCGCGUUGUCGUCAUGUCUUGACUACCUACUCGCUCAGAUUACCUCCAAGGCUCCGUAAAUGAGAAUGCCAAAAUAUCGCAGUGCUACCACCUACGAUCUCCUGGCCAAUUUUGUAUGCGUAUGCCAAAUAUUUGGAUGGAGUUUUGAACACUCAGUUCAGUAGGGUUUGCUCAGUUUUGUCUCCAUUUCUGAUUAGUGAUUUGUGCCUACGCUAAGCAAAAUAUAGAGCUAAGUACUCGUAAUAUUCCGAAUAUUUAUUAAUCCAAUUAUUUAUUUAAUGAAUAUUGCUUUUGUGUAGAAUAUAUUAUACACACAUUAUGUGAAACAGCUGUACAGUGUGACAGCUGGUUAUUCUUUUAGAUGUAAAAUAAAAUUGAAUAUGAGUGAUUUUGAAAUUAGUAUGUGAUUUGAUUUUUCUAUUGUUUUGAAUUGCUGUAAAAUCCAAAGGAAAUUCAUGUAUAAGAUAGCCCGAAAAAUAUUUAUAAGAUUUUUGUACACUAAGUAAUUACAUUUCGAGUUUUAAGUUGUUUUACAUUGUGUAAUUAAUAAGUUGGUGGAAUUACAUUUGAAAAACGUAAUAAAUAAA